AGAGUAAAACAACAAAAACCCUCGCACUCCCUGAGUCCCGCGUCCUCUCCGUUCAUUUCCCUUCGAUCCCUUACGAUGUCUAGGGUUUUGGGGGGCGCUAGGGCUCUCAUGGCGGCGGCGAAGGCCUCCGCCGCCUCGUCCUCUCCGGCGCCGGCAGAGGCGGCGGCGGCGGUGGCGAAGCCGAAGAGCUCGGCCUUCACGAAGCCCAUGCCGCUGUCGCCGGCGAUGCGCAAGUUCGUCGGCGUCCCCGAGAUCUCGCGCCCCGAGGCGGUGAAGAAGGUGUGGGAGCACAUCAAGGCCCACAAUCUGCAGGAUCCAGCAAAUAAGAAGCUGAUACACUGCGAUGAGAAGCUGAAGGCCAUAUUCGGUGGAAAGGAGACGGUUGGUAUGCUGGAAAUCGCCAAAUUGAUCUCAUCGCAUUUCCUGAAAUCUAAGUAAACUGAUUAAGGUAAGCACUUGAUGUAUUGUUGUUAACUCGGUUUUAGGGAUUCCUAGUUCAUGUGAUGAAUGUUGAUGUGAUGUUGAUUAAAGUUAUACUUACUAUGAUCAGGAUUUUAGGUGGACUUGUAAAAAAAAAAAAAGAAGAAGAAAUGUGGUAGUCCUUUUAUCACAUGUGGGAAGUGAUCAUUUUACUGCUUGUGCUAA